CUGUUCAUCAAACUUAAAUGUAUUUACUCAAAUUUGGUUUUGACAAUCUAACAUAACAUGCAAAAUUUUUUGCGAAAAGAAAAAGAGCGCGUUUCUGUGGUGAAAUGUCAAAAAAUUGAGUUCAUAUAAAAUACACAUGUAAAUGGACUGAAAACAAUGGAGCGAAUUUGACCAACGACGGUAAAAUAUUCUAUUUGUUCAACAACACAUACUUGGAAACGUAUAAAAACGCAUAAAUCAAAAACUUUAAAUCACAUCAAUAUUUUUACGGCAUACAUAAAUGACAAAUAUUUGACAGCUGAUGUAUGACAAAGUUGAAGAAAGUUGUUGAAUACUGCUGAUUUACUACACAAAUUGAUUAAAGUAGUAAGCGCACUGUUUUAGUACGUCAUUAUUUAGCAGUUAGUUAACUUGUAUAAUCGUAUAGGAAAUAUGUGUAGCUAAAGCACUACAUAACGAAGAAUUCCGACUUAAAAUAAGAAGUAGCAAUUAGUUUUAUUGCAAUUUGCAAACGACUAUUAUUGCUGUAACAUUAAAAAAUUGGAACAGAAAUACUAAUUUUAAAUUAAUUCUAGAGAUUCAAAUCUAUGUUUGUACAUAUAUAUACAUACCUAACUAGAAGAAAAAUAAUCCAUAAAUAUAUUUUACAUAGAUUUUAUAGGUUAUAUAAAUAAGAAAUCGAAUGAAAUGGCCGGUUUUCCACGCAGAAUAUUUAAAGAAAUCGAACGUUUACUUGAAGAACCUGUUCCGGGUAUAUCAGCUAUACCAGAUGAAUCAAAUUAUAGAUAUUUUCGUGUUUUUAUUACUGGACCUAAAGAUUCGCCAUUUGAAGGUGGUUUAUUUAAAUUAGAAUUGUUUUUACCGGAAGAUUAUCCAAUGUCUGCGCCAAAAGUGAGAUUUAUUACCAAAAUCUAUCAUCCAAAUAUAGAUCGCUUGGGUAGAAUAUGUUUGGAUAUAUUAAAAGAUAAAUGGAGUCCAGCAUUACAAAUACGUACAGUGUUAUUAUCAAUUCAAGCAUUGCUGAGCGCACCAAAUCCAGAUGAUCCAUUAGAAAAUCAUGUUGCUGAUUUGUGGAAAAUUGAUGAAAUCAAAGCAAUUCAUAAUGCCAGAGAAUGGACUCGUCAGUAUGCAAUGCCUUAAAUAAGACAUGUUCAAAUUUUUAAAUGAAAUUAUAAUAAACGUUUAACUGUCAUUAUUAUUUAUUUAUACCUAUUAUUAUA